UUUUAUUUUCCACAAAUCAAAACAAAAAUAAAACACAGUCCAGUGUGUCGCAGUAAAUUUUCGAAUCAUACAUAUUUUCCUCAAUUUGUGCAGAAUAUUCUAUAAAAUCACAGUUUCCCCGCAAAAAAAAAACGCAACAAAUUGUGUGCAGUCUGCCAAUGGCAGACUCUAUCAACCAUCAGCAAGACGAAGCUUCCGAAUUGACACUGUUCGACAUCGCCUGGGAUGACGUCCUGUUCGCCAAAGUGCUACCGCUGCUGUCGCUGCAGGAUUUAUUCAAUUUCCGGUGCUGCUCCCGGUUGAGUAAACACUUUGUUGACAAUGGUUUCCAGCGGAUGAGAAUACUGAAUUUGUCCGGAAAUAAUAAUCGAUGCAUUGAACGCGCUUUCCAAGUGGUAUCUAGGAACUCGGGCAACAUCCGCACGGUUAACUUGGCCAAGUGCAGCUGGCUGCAUGAUGGGCUUUUGUCGAGCUUUCUACAACUCAAUACCAGAAUCACACGGAUUAACCUGAGUGAAUGUGUCAACAUAACGUCCGCUUCGCUGCAACCGAUUAUUAUCGAGUGCAAGGAGCUAACGGUCCUGAAACUAGCCCGCUGUAAUUGGUUAACAAUUGGAGCAAUGGAAGCAUUGACACUGCACCAUUCUAAGAUACAGGAGCUGGAUAUUUCCCACUGCAACUCGCUGAACGAACGGUGCAUUUCGGUGUUUCUGCUGAACUGCCGUCGGUUACAUACACUAUCGCUGGCUUACCUGCCCAGUGUCACCGACAACCUACUGUACUCGAUUGCCAAAAACACCAAAGAAAUCCGACAUUUGAACGUGAUCGGAUGCCAGAUGAUUACCGACCGGGGCAUAGGAGCACUUUCACUGUACUGCAAAAAGUUGGAAUCGCUAAUGGUACGUGAUUGCCCUUACAUAACCGAGCGAAGUUUGUCCCUUCUACGAGGUAAAGUAUUCAUCGAUAGGCCUCGAAACUACCAACAGCAGCUUCCCAUGGCAGCAAAUAUCAGAUUUCCGAGGCUAUUCCUACAGGUAUAAAGUGCCACUUGUACAAACCUCCAGGAUGAAAGGUUAACUACUAAACAACAUAUUUUUAUGGGAACUUACACACGACAGAAAAAAAGAAAAAAAAAACUAUGUCUAUUAUAUAUAAUCUUUAAAUACAAAUAUUUAUUGUACUCUUUGUAAAGUAUUUCUUAGUCGUUAAGCGAUGAUUAUUAAAUUAUUCACAACAAAUAA